UGUGUACUUCACUAGUGUUGUAAGAACUCUACCAUAAUUUUAUUAUCUACAAUUGUUUGUGCUAACUGCUAACUAAAGGGGUAAACGGAAAAAAAGUCCCCGGUAAGAAAGUCCCACGGAAAAAAAGUCUCCAAAUUAAUAUUUGAUUUAAAUUCAGUCUUUUAUCAUAUAGGUAUUUAUAUAGGUACAUAGCCCAUAGGUAAUACAUGUUACAUAUUUUAUUGAACAUAAUUAACGAACAACUAAAUUAAAUAGGUACCUUAUAAAGUCUUGAAAAAAAUUGAAAAAUUGAAAAAAAGUCUCCCGUUGCAGUAUAAAUAAAACAAUAUUUCCACUAAACUUCUUAUUUUAUUUAUAAAAUAAGUUGGGUUGACAAAUCUUAUCUGUAGAUAGUACAUGACAAUUAAUUGACAUAAUCUAUAGUUUGACAGUUACACACAGUACCAUAUACAGAUACCUAAUAACCUAACCUAUCAUACGUAUCCAGUUUCGUAUUAGUUUCGAGUUGUACGCGAGUGUAGUUUAAGUGUUUAACCAUGGAACUUCUUAAAUCAAACAAGGGAAAUCAUAAAAUUGCACUAAAAGGUUAUACUUAUACUAUAAAAAAAAUAUGCCAAAGUAUAAUCCGAUGGAAAUGUUCCAAGAAAUCGUCACUUAAGUGUCCAGCAAUGUUAAUUACCAAUUUGAAAAUGAAAAAAAUCAUACGUUUUGAAGAAGAACACAGUCAUAGUGCUAAUAAAGGUGAAAUAGGAGCAAUGAAAAUCAAACAAACGAUAAAAGAUUGUUCACUUCAGACUUGCAACAAUCCAGGACAAAUUUUUGCUCAAGCUGUACAAAAUUUACCAAAAGAGAUAUUAAUUGAAUUACCAUCCGAAGAUUCAAUAAAAAGAAGUAUUCGUAAUCAAAGAAGCAGUUUAAACCCGAAAAAACCAAAUAGUCUACAAGAACUUGUUAUUGAAGAUGAUUGGACACGUUGUGGGAAUGAGCGAUUUUGAUUGAAAGAUAAUGGUCUAGAGUCAAGUGAACGGAUUAUAAUAUUUGCGUUAGAUAGUUCCGAUAUGGUUAUUGAUGGGAACUUUGGUUUAGCGCCCGAGCAUUUUUUACAACUGUACGUCAUUCGAAUCCAAGUAAAUGAAAUUUUUAUUACGCCAGUGUUUUGCUUACUUGAGCGAAAAACGCAAAACACUUAUGAAGAAAUGUUCAAAAUAAUUUUGAAUGAGUGUAACAAUCGCGAACUAUACCCAGAUCCGUUAUACUUUAAUGUUGAUUUUGAAAUCGCAGUUCACAAAGCUGCCAAAAUAGUUUUUGGUGAACAAAUUUUAAUUCGAGGGUGCUUUUAUCAUUUAUCGCAAAGCACUUACAGAAAAAUACAAAACCUGGGCUUGAGUAAGCGAUAUAGAGAGGACGAAAACUUCAAUUUAUACUGUGCUAUGAUGGAUGGAUUGGCUUUUCUCCCUGUGGAUAAAGUUUGUGAGGGAAUGAAUUAUUUAAAAUAAAAUUGUCCAACUGGAGCAGAAGAUCUACUUCAGUAUUUUGAUGAAAAUUAUGUUGGAGGUACGUUCAGGAAAGUUAAAAAAACAAACAAUAUAAUUUUAAGAAGAACACCACCAUUGUUUGUACCAGAGUCAUGGAACGUUAAUAUAACAACUCUGUCAACAAAUCCACACAGAACUAAUAAUGCUUGUGAAGGCUGGAUCAAUAGGUUUUCCCAUCUCGUCGGCAUUAAACAUCCCAGUAUUUGGAAAUUACUAACAAAAAUGUGUCAAGAAGUUGGAACGGACAAGGCAAGAAUGGCAUUGGCUGAAUUAGGAGAAAUUAAUCGGAAAAAAACAAAAGCUGGUAAAAAAAUUGAAGUUCGAUUGAACAUUUUAUGUAAACGUUUUGAUGAAGGCAAAUCUGUAGAUGUUCCUAAUUUUUUAAAUCAAAUAUAGGUCAAAAUAUAAGAAAGAUCUUUUAUAUCUGAAUAAUUACACUUUUAUAUUUUUUAAAUAAUAUUAUAGGACAUAUUGUAUUCAAUUUUUAAUUAUUUUACGAGGGGUACAUAUCUAAAUAAAUACAUUUUUAUAUUUUUUAAAUAAUAUUAUUAUAUGUUUAACAAUUCAUCAAUUGAGAAUGGCUGUGCAGAUUUAUUUAAUUAUAGAUAACAAGUUAUCUAUAUGAAUACUUAUCUACAAUAAUUUUUAAUCCUAGAAAGGUACCUAUUUAAUUUAGUUGCUUGUUAAUUAUGUUCAAUAAAAUAUGUAACAUGUAUUACCUAUGGGCUAUGUACCUAUAUAAAUACCUAUAUGAUAAAAGACUGAAUUUAAAUCAAAUAUUAAUUUGGAGACUUUUUUUCCAUGGGACUUUUUUUCCGUGGGACUUUUUCACCGGGGACUUUUUUUCCGAGACUUUUUUUCCGGGGACUUUUUUUCCUAAUAUCAACUAAAGGGACAUAUUUAUGGCCCCACUAACUGGUUCCCUAACAAAUGACCAGCACAUUGAAUGUAUAUUAUUGUGUAUAACAAUCAUGGAAAUUAUGGUAGAUCGCAUAUGACACCGUUACCAAAAAUAGUGUCAUCAUUAUGUUAAAUAGUUUCAAAUCCCUUGAAUUGAUAUUUUUUAAAUUACAGCAUAAAGGAAAAAUCGUUAUCCGUCAUUUAAAUAUAAAAUGUUGUAAUAACUAGAACUUAAAUGUUUAAUCGAAAAAAUUGUGCCUAUGUAUUUUUAGAAUGCUGUAAGACCAACUUAUGAAGAACUUUACAAAAGAAUUUCAAGCUUGAAUUAAUGCUAAUCACUAUAAAACCAAAAAUAAAUCGUAAAUUUAAAAUGGCUAUAGAUAGCUCAAAAUUAACCAAAAUAUUAUUUUCAUUAUUUGAUGUCUAGAAAAUGCUAAUAUAAAUGUUAGGUGAAAAAACUCUUGAAGGAUAUUCCUUUUUAAAUUACAAUAAAAAACAAAAAUAAAUUUUGUUAAAAACUGGUUUUGUGUAUUCUCUUUUGGCGAUUAUUUUGAAUUUUUUAACUGGGGAUUUUCUACUUUUGAUCCUAUUCCAAUUUGGUAUUUUAGUACCAGAAAUUAACAUCAAUUUGAAUGUUAGUACUUUGACAUAAUUUAGCAUCAGUUUUAAAGCUCCUAAAUAUCACAGCUAAUGACGAUAGACACAAAAAAAAUUAUAAAUCUUAUCAUAACAAUAUAAUUGAUAUAAUGAAAGGUUCUAAAGACUAAAAUUAAUCAUAAUACUGAGAGGAAGCUGUAAAAUAUUUCAAAUGCAAUUAUAUUUAGCUUGAAAUUACAUGGAACAAGAAUGUUCAUAGAAUGUUCUUAAAAAUGGAAAUAAAAUACGAAAUAAUAUUUUUUUUUGCGUUUAUUAUAUAAUUUAUAAGUAACAAGUUUACAUCAGCUUCAAGAAGAGUACAAAUUGUAAAUAGGUGACACUACCCGACAGUGUACUACACGUCAGUGGUGUAUUUAUGGGAGGGGAUCAAUUCCCCCACCCCCUUAGGCUGUUUAUAAUACUUAUGCAAAAGUUUCCGGAGUCCUAACUUUAGAGGCGGGGCUACUGGAUAAAAUCAUUUCCUUCCCUCCCGAGACAGCGAUUCCCGCUUCCGCGUGAGUGUAUUUUAAAAUUUUGCACCAUUUCGCGACAAAGCGAGUGCCGAGUGGUGACUAUAACGCGACCGCUCAUCGAUUUUUAAGCCACCCCCCCCGCGGCCGCCGCCCGCAAACCGACGCCAUAUUGACCAGCGACAGAAUCUAUAGACAUCGAUGUCUGACAAAAACAAACGAUUAUGAGUUGUACUAACACGUCAUCCAUUAUAGUCCCAUACCACCAGUGCUGCAACUAUCGAAUCGUCAACAAUAUCGAUAGUAUGACGACGAUUUUUGGACCCCGGUCCCGAAUCCCGAUCGUCGCGCACUGCCGCUUUUAAACUUUAAUGAUUAGUCGCACGCUCAACGUUCUCAGUCCCGCAGCGUCGUCUCGUUAUCGCCAUCGCCUUCGGUCGCUAUUUCGACGACGCCUCUUCAGUGCCGACAAUCCAGCCGCCCGCCCGCCCGCGCAAUGGCCAACCCGAAAGUGUUUUUCGACAUGACCGUCGACGGACAACCGGCCGGCAGGAUCGUUAUCGAAGUAAG